CCCAUCCCCAUACAAUAAUAUUAAAUGUUGCAACUUAUGUACAUACCAUACAUGUACAGUACAUCCAUCCAUACAACUAUCUAUUAUAACUUACUCCCCGUCACCGCCAACCGCCCACCACCGCCGCCAGCCGCUUGCAAUUGUCCCGUUCCCGUCGUGAUUCAACCACAAACUGCUGCGAAGCUUCGUCUGCUCCUGUUCCUUUAUUCUCUCUGUUCCUUUAUUCUCUGCCCGAUUGGCUGUGUUCUCCAGCUUGUGUGUAAAAAGGUUCUGUUGUAUGUUAUAGUAUAGUAGUAGGUAGUAGUGCGUGCUUCUUAUUUACCCGGGUGCUGCGUUCUACCCCUCCCUCCUCCCUACUUCUCUCUCUCCCCUUCCCCCCCCAACUAUUUCCAAGGUCCAACUCGUUUCAUUUCUAAUUCCUCUGCCCAGUUCAUUCACUAUUCCCUUGAAUAAGAAAAAUAAAAGAAAGAAAGCUCUUUCAACCCUUCAAUUGACUCUUCUCGUGCUUCUGCUAACUAACUUCGUCCCUUCUUCCUUAGGUCCUAUUCCAAAAACCGUGCAAGAGAGUGUGUGUGGUAUAAAUUUUUUUUUUUUUGAAGGGGCCCAGGAUAGAGCGUCUUCCUGCUCCUCCUCCCGUCCUCAUCCGCCAAAUCCUCCUCUAGCUGACGCCCUCGAUCACCGUGAAUCCCCGUUCGCAAUGACGAGUGUUCUCUCAAACCUCUCGCGAGCCGAGCAGCAGGCUCUCCCGGGUGAGCAGGUGGACGAGCAGGUGGAAGAUCAUAGCCGCCAUCCGGCCCAGCACUCCGUCCAUGGCAGACUACGUGCCAGCUCCACCAUCAUGCGAUUCAACAAGAUCCUCGUCGCCAACCGUGGAGAAAUCCCCAUUCGCAUCUUCCGAACUGCUCACGAGCUCUCCCUGCAGACUGUCGCUGUCUACAGCUACGAGGACAGACUGAGCAUGCACCGCCAAAAGGCUGACGAGGCCUACGUUAUUGGCAAAAGGGGUCAAUACACCCCCGUGGGUGCCUAUCUUGCUGGCGAUGAGAUUAUCAAAAUUGCUGUCCAGCACGGCGUUCAUCUCGUCCACCCCGGAUACGGCUUCUUGUCCGAGAACGCGGAGUUUGCCCGGAACGUGGAGAAGGCUGGGUUGGUCUUUGUGGGCCCGACUCCAGACACCAUUGAUGCGCUGGGAGACAAGGUUUCAGCCCGACGGCUAGCCAUUGAAUGCGGUGUACCCGUCGUCCCCGGCACCCCGGGCCCCGUCGAGAAAUUCGAAGAGGUCAAGGCAUUCACGGAUAAGUACGGUUUCCCCAUCAUCAUCAAGGCUGCCUUUGGUGGUGGUGGACGUGGUAUGCGAGUUGUCAGGGAACAGGAGACCCUGCAAGACUCCUUUGAGCGCGCGACCUCCGAAGCCAAGUCCGCGUUUGGCAAUGGUACCGUCUUCGUGGAACGCUUCCUGGACAAACCAAAGCACAUCGAAGUGCAGUUGCUGGGCGACAACCAUGGAAACAUCGUCCACCUGUACGAGCGCGACUGCAGUGUCCAACGUCGCCACCAAAAGGUCGUCGAGGUUGCACCAGCCAAGGACCUGCCCGUCGACGUCCGCGACAACAUCUUGGCCGACGCCGUGAGGCUUGCCAAAUCAGUUAACUACCGCAACGCUGGUACCGCGGAAUUCCUUGUCGACCAACAGAACCGCUAUUAUUUCAUCGAGAUCAACCCUCGCAUCCAGGUCGAGCACACUAUCACUGAAGAAAUUACUGGAAUUGAUAUUGUUGCUGCGCAGAUUCAGAUCGCAGCGGGUGCUUCGCUCGAGCAGCUAGGUUUAACUCAGGACCGUAUCACAACUCGCGGCUUCGCUAUUCAGUGCCGUAUCACAACCGAGGACCCCACCAAGGGCUUCUCCCCUGACACUGGCAAGAUUGAAGUUUACCGUUCCUCUGGCGGGAACGGUGUGCGUCUAGACGGAGGCAACGGCUUUGCUGGCUCCAUUAUCACCCCACAUUACGACUCUAUGUUGGUUAAAUGCACUUGCCGUGGUUUCACCUAUGAAAUUGUACGACGCAAGAUGCUACGUGCCCUUAUCGAGUUCCGCAUCCGGGGCGUCAAGACCAACAUCCCAUUCUUGGCAUCCGUUCUGACCCAUCCAACCUUCAUCGAUGGUACCUGCUGGACCACCUUCAUCGACGACUCGCCUGAGCUCUUCUCUAUGAUUGGUAGCCAGAACCGUGCCCAGAAACUGCUGGCCUACCUUGGUGAUGUUGCCGUUAAUGGUAGCAGCAUCAAGGGCCAGAUCGGUGAGCCCAGGCUCAAGGGUGAUAUCAGCAUGCCCAUUAUCAUUGAUGAGAACAACAAGCCUGUUGAUGUAUCCGUUCCUUGCUCGCAAGGAUGGAAAAAGGUCAUCGAUGAACAAGGGCCAGCUGGAUUCGCCAAGGCCAUUCGCGCCAACAAGGGCUGCUUGAUCAUGGAUACGACCUGGCGCGACGCCCAUCAGUCAUUAUUGGCUACCCGCGUGAGAACGGUUGAUUUGUUGAACAUCGCCAAGGAGACCAGCUACGCGUACAGCAAUGCUUACAGUUUGGAGUGCUGGGGAGGUGCUACCUUUGACGUGGCUAUGAGAUUCUUGUAUGAGGAUCCAUGGGAUCGACUGCGGAAAAUGAGAAAGGCCGUGCCCAACAUCCCCUUCCAGAUGUUGCUGCGUGGUGCGAAUGGUGUUGCCUACUCCUCGCUUCCUGAUAACGCCAUCUACCAUUUCUGUAAACAGGCCAAGAAGUAUGGUGUAGAUAUCUUCCGUGUUUUCGAUGCUCUGAACGAUAUCGAUCAGCUUGAGGUUGGCAUGAAAGCCGUUGCCGCCGCUGGCGGUGUUAUUGAAGCUACCAUUUGCUACAGUGGCGACAUGUUGAAUCCAAACAAGAAAUACAACCUGGACUACUACCUUGGCCUAGUUGAUAAAAUCGUAAAGAUUGGAACCCAUGUUCUUGGAAUUAAGGACAUGGCGGGUGUGUUGAAGCCUCAGGCCGCUACCCUUCUUGUUGGAUCCAUCCGCAAGCGAUACCCCGAUCUCCCUAUCCAUGUGCACACUCACGACUCCGCUGGUACUGGUGUCGCAUCCAUGGUUGCCUGUGCCCAGGCUGGUGCUGACGCAGUCGACGCUGCUACUGACAGCAUGUCCGGAAUGACCUCCCAACCCAGCGUCGGUGCCAUUCUUGCGUCCCUCGAAGGCACUGACCUCGACCCCAAGCUCAACAUCCGCAAUAUACGCGCAAUCGACUCAUAUUGGGCACAAUUGCGCCUUCUCUACUCGCCCUUCGAGGCUGGGCUGACCGGCCCAGACCCCGAAGUCUACGAGCACGAGAUCCCCGGUGGCCAGUUGACCAACCUGAUCUUCCAGGCCCACCAGCUCGGUCUGGGUGCCCAGUGGGCUGAAACCAAGAAGGCUUACGAGCAAGCCAACGCCCUGCUUGGCGACAUCGUCAAAGUCACCCCGACAUCCAAGGUUGUCGGCGACCUGGCCCAGUUCAUGGUCUCCAACAAGUUGACGCCCGAUGACGUUAUCGCCCGCGCGGGUGAACUUGACUUCCCCGGCUCUGUUCUAGAAUUCUUCGAGGGCCUAAUGGGCCAGCCAUACGGCGGUUUCCCCGAACCACUGCGCUCUCGCGCCCUCCGUGGCCGCCGCAAGCUCGACAGCCGACCCGGUCUGCACCUGGAGCCGCUCGACCUCGGCAAGAUUAAGAACGACCUGCUCGAGAAGUACGGCACGGCGACCGAAUGCGACGUGGCCAGCUACGCCAUGUACCCCAAAGUCUUCGAAGACUAUCGCAAAUUCCUCGCAAAAAUACGGCGGCCUCUCUGUGUUGCCGCCAAAAUAUUUCCUCCCGCGACCGCAGAUCGGGGGAGGAAUUUUCCGUCGAGCUGGAGCAGGGCAAAGUGCUUUUUCUCAAGUUACUGGCCGGGGGCCCCUUCUCCGAGCAGACCGGCCAGCGCGAGGUUUUCUCCGAGAUGAACGGCGAGGUGCGACAGGUUGCGGUGGAUAAUAACCUUGCUGCGGUUGAUGAUACGAGCAGGCCCAAGGCAGUUUUGAGCGAUAGUACCCAGGUUGGCGCCCCGAUGAGCGGUGUUUUUUUUGAGAUCCGCGUCCCCGAGGGGUUGGAGGUGAAGAAGGGAGAUCCUCUUGCUUUUCUCAGCGCGAUGAAGAUGGAAAUGGUCAUCUCCGCGCCACAUCAUGGCGUCGUGUCCAGCCUUGAAGUCAAGGAGGGUGAUUCAGUCGAUGGACAGGAUCUCAUCUGUAAGAUUGUGAAGGCUGCUUGAUUUUUACAGAAAAGCACAAAAGAGAGAAAAACGGAGAAAACAAAAAGUGAAAACCAAUAACCAAAAAGCGAAAAGUACCCCUCACUCAACGUCCUCUUAUAUAUAUAUAGCCUCCUUAACGUGUUUCUGCUUGUAGCUCUUGUGGCUGUUCCAGCUUCUGGGCUUUUCUGUUCUCCUGUAUUUUUUUUUCUUUUUUCUUUUUUCUUUUCAUUUUAUUCUUAUAUAUGAAAUUCAUCAUUCACUUUAUAUAUUACAUUUACCUCUAAAUGAGGCCCGUUCCAUUUUUUAUUGACGAGGAUGGGCGGAUUCCACCCCUUCUCCUGUGAAUUUGAAUAAAAAUUAUUGGAGUUUUACCCGUA